AAAUGUACAUUGGGUUCAGGAUGAUGAAGGGUUGGCAAAAUUUAAGCCUCUCCUUUUAAUCCUACAUCGUUAAUCUUUGACGGACCUUACCUUAUAUCUCGAUCCAUCUGCUGCAACCAUGGCUGCCAAGGACCAUGUUGAGGAGAUGAAGGAACUUACGAGCGGUGUGACUGAAUUGAUUGGUGAGUUUUGGCAUAGUUUAGAGGAUCUGUCACCAGCAGGAUCCACCGAACCAGGCCAUCUUCUUGAUCAACUUCCCCUGGAAGCUCCUCAACAUCCUGAUAAAUGGCAAGAUCUAUUGGAUGAUGUCAGGAAGAUGAUCAUUCCAAACAUGCCUCACCUAUCGAGUCCUAAUUAUCAUGGAUAUGUGGAGAUUGGAACAUCUGCUCCAUGUGUGGCGGCAGCCCAACUUAUCGCUGCUUUGACCUCGCCAACAUGUACUUGGCACGUGAAUGGAACUGGAACAGAGCUUGAGAUGCGAAUGACAGAUUGGUUAGGUAGAAUCCUGGGACUUCCUGAUCAAUUUCUAUUCAGUUCAGGCAUAGGCAAUGGCGGAGGUGUUAUACAGGAGAGUGCGAGUGGCAGUUGUAUUUUGAUGCUUGUCGCUGCAAAGAGACGUGUCCUUGACAAACUGCGUCAGACAGAUAAAGAUUUAGAUCCAUAUGAUGUCUCGUCUAAGUUCGUUGCUUUAAUGAGUGAUCAGGCUCAUUCUUGUAUCGAACGUUCUGGGUUUGUAGCUGGGAUUCGAACCCACAUCCUACCAACCGACGAGACAGGAUCACUCAGAGCUCAGGCUCUUCUUGAUGGCAUAGCUGAAGUCAAAUCACUAGGAAGGAAACCCAUUUUUCUCGGUGUUACCCUAGGGUCGACAACAACUUUGGCUUUCGAUGCUCUAGCAGAAUUGGCUCCUAUAUGUAAUGACGAGGGAAUAUGGGUCCAUGUAGAUGCUGCCAUUGCUGGCUCUGCCUUUCUUUGUCCUGAAUUCAGACAUCUGAUGGCUGGGAUUGAGCUUGCAGACUCUUUCAACUGUGGACCGCAUAAGACAAUGUUAGUAACGAUGAGCUGUUCAGUUCUUUGGGUCAAAGACAGAACAACUGUUGAGAGCUCACUGGCCAUUGAUCCUCCGUACCUUGAUAAUCAUCUAGAAAAACCUCACGUGGAUUACAGGCACUGGAGUUUCAAUCUAACUCGACCGUUUCGCUCACUCAAACUUUGGUUUGUUAUUCGACUGUUUGGCGUUCAAGGGCUACAAGAUCACAUCAGGAAGCAAUCUCGGCUCGUUAAAGAGUUUGCCCACCUGGUGAGCACCGAUGCCCGAUUUGAGCUGUGCGCAGAGGCGAUAUACAGCCAUGCGUGCUUCAGAUUAAAGAAAUCUGACAAUGAAACAAAUCGAAAUCUUCUGAACCAGAUUAACAUGACACGAAAAGUUGUCUUGACAGGAUCUGUGUUCAAGGAAAAAUAUAUUCUACGUUUCGCUGUAUCCAGUCCGUUCACUGAAAGCAAGCAUGUAGAGUUUGCUUGGAAGAUAAUCACGGAAGCAGCGAAUGAACUCAAAGGAGCAGAUACUGAUGUUCUAAAAGAUUAAGACAUUCAAAACCAAUUGGUGAUAUUAAGUGAAACCACUGUAUAUUUGUGUGAUAAACGUGACCGAAAACACUUUACAAAUUGUACUUUCCUGGACCAACGCAGAAUUUCUGAUGUCAUUUUACACAUUUUUAUCCUCGACAAAGUUCUAUGUUAUUAAUAUAAGAAGAGGACAAAUGGAAUCAUAUUAGACAUGUUAGACUGACAUAUAAACUAAAAUGAAGAGGCAAGAAAGUAAAUCGUCGGAAUUAAAAGUGUUAUUUUCUGAGAAAGGGUAUGGUCCUUAAUACUUCUUGCAUUUAUUAUUGGAAUGAAAUUGUAAUGAAAUAUUGAUGACACACAUGUAAAAAUUUAAACGUUUUUGGAGGCAGCAACUUUUAUAGGAAUUAAUAUAUUAAUAUUGUCUUCAUGCAUUUAUUGUUGGAAUGAAAUUUUUGAUUUUUUCGUACUGAAAUAUUGAUUACUAGUCAUUUCUGUAGAGUACCGAAGCGAUGACGUCAGUUGAAAUGGCGUCCUGGUUCUAAACAAAUGGACUCGGAGUGUGUUUUUCAUAGGAGAAAAUGGCCGCUAACGGAAUUUUAUCGCAUGCAACCUCAGACUGUCAGAAUGAUGGUAAUUUUUGCAAAUGCAAAAUGUGCAUAGACGAUCGUCCACUGCGACUCUGUUUAGAACCAGCCGGUUCGUUGCCAUGACAGUUAAGUCACACUUCGGUACUCUAUACAGUAAAUUUUUUGAAUUAUCCACACGCACUUAUUAUUGGAAUGAAAUGUAAAAUUGUUUGUAAUGAAAUAUUUGAAUAUUCACAUGUAUUUUAAACCUCUUUGGAGCAAGUACAGUAACUUUUUUUGAAUUAAUAUAUUAAUACUUCACACAUUUAUGAUAAAUGUAAUAAUCGAAUAAAAGAAUGCUUUUUGAAAUGUUGAAUAAUGAAUUGCCUAAAGUAUCCACGUGGUUCCAAAGUAAUAAAUUGUCUUUAAACUUGCAAAAAAACAUAUUAUGUUAACUUUAAGAACUCCAAAACAAUAGCUGAUCAUUAUACAGAAGAAAUAAAGGUAAGUGGGAUUUCUAUUAGACAAAAAAUAAUGUGAGAUUUUUAGGUGCCAUUUUAGAUCAGUUUUUAACAUGGGAUGACCAUGUAUCUAAAAUAUUGACGUCUGUAUCAAGAUGUAUAGGUAUAAUGUUUAAAGUUAAAUACUAUUUACCUCCCCAAGCAUUACUCUCAGUUUAUAAUUCUAUUUUACUGCCACAUGUAACUUAUUGCAAUAUUGUAUGGGGCUCAUUCAAAUAAAAAAAUCACCGUAUCCUUUUACUUCAAAAGAAAGCUAUUCGUUUGUGUGCCGACGCUGGUUAUUAUGAAAAUACUGGUCCCCUCUUAAACCGUUUCAAGACUUUAAAAAUUGAUGACAUACAUACAUUUCAAAUUGCUUUGUUUAUGUUAAGGUUUCACUGUCGCCAAUUACCAAUAAAAUUUGAUCCUUAUGUUCCUUUUUGAAUUCAUUUAUUCAUAAUUAUCCUACGAGAACCUCAACAAAUUUACAUUUAUCAAACCUGCUAACUGCCUUAGCCCAUAGGUCAAUAAGACAUACUGGUCCAGAUACCUGGAAUGAUAUACCUUUAACAAUACGUGGCGCUCCUACAUUGAACAAAUUUAAGUUUGAGUUUAAGCAUUCCAUUAUUAGCACUUAUUUGAGUUGAGAUAUUGUUCUAUCAUUAUUUCAUCAUACUGCUUACUGUAUUUUUUUAUUGUAUUUAUACGACUUAUCUAUGUUAAACAUAGUAAUAUGAAUCGAUACGCGGCUGGUGUGUUAUUAUCAUUAGAGUAUUCUUGACAUGCUUGAUGUGUUUUCCUUUUGGCCCUGCUGUUAUUGUAAUAUUUGUAAAUAUGACUUAUAUUGAUUUUAUUCAGGGCCGUAGUCUUUCAUGAGGGGCGUCCUUCUCAAGCCUUUGUGCUUAUGACUGUCCCCUCCCAUGCAAUGAUCGUUUAUUGUUAUUUACCGUGUAAUAUUGUCAAUAUAUUUUAUGUUGUAUGAUUAAUUUUUUGCAUGGAAAUAAAGAAUCAAUCAAUCAA